AUGAAAUUCAGCCUCGGAUUCCUACUUCUGGCCAUCUUCGCAGCCUUCUGCCUGGCGGCAGCACCUCAGAAUCAGAUUAUAGUCAGCUACCCUAAGGAGACUCCUAGCUCAGUGAUCGAAGAAGCCAAGGAAGCCAUCCGCAAGGCUGUCGCGAAAACUUCUGCCAAGGUCAUUGAGACGGUCCAAGCCAUGGGCUCGGAGCAUAACGUCCUGAUUGAGGAGGAUCAAAUCAUGCACACCGCCGGCGAGCAGUAG